AUGUCUGAAGAGAAGGAGAUCGAUUACACUCUCAACAACCCCGAUACUCUGACCAAGUAUAAGACGGCUGGUCAAAUCUCCGAAAAGGUCCUCGCCUUGGUCGCCGAGCUCUGCGUCCCCGGAGCAAAGAUUGUCGAAAUCUGCCAAAAGGGCGAUAAGCUUAUCGAGGAGGAGGUCGCCAAGGUCUACCGCGGAAAGAAGAUCACCAAGGGCUUUUCCAACCCCACCACCAUCUCUCCCGCUUCAUAUGUCACCCCCUACACUCCUCUAACCUCGGAUGAGACGGAGGCUGCCACUGAGAUCCAGCCCGGAGAGCCCAUCAAGAUCCAGCUGGGUGCCCAGAUUGAUGGAUUCGGUACCAUUGUCUGCGAUACCGUACUCGCCGGCAAAAAUGGCGAGACCAUCACCGGUCGCUCUGCCGACCUGCUCCUCGCCAACUACUACGCCAAUGAGCUUCUCCUGCGCUUGAUGGUUCCUCCCGGUCUCCUGGCACAAGGUACCGACGAGGAAAAGGCCAAGGCUGCCUCCAAGAAGGCCCCUUCUCAGAGCCAGAUCACCUCCCUGCUCGAGAAGGUCUGUGAAGCCUAUGAAUGCCACCUCGUCGAGAGCACCACUUCGUGGCUGUUUGACCGCAACGAAAUCGAGGGCACCAAAAAAAUUGUUCUUGCGCCCACCGAGGGUGCCAAGGGCGAUGGCGUUCCCGAGGUUGGUGAAGUCUGGGGUGUCGAGAUGGGUGUCAGUCUGGGCUCGGGCAAGUGCAAGACGCUCGACGGCCGUACCACCCUCCACCGCCGCACCGCCAACACGUACGGCCUGAAGCGCCCUACCUCGCGUAAGAUCCUCUCCGAGGUUCAGAAGAAGUUUGGUACCUUCCCGUUCAGCUUGCGACAGCUCGAUGACGAGCGCGAUGCCAAGUCUGGUGUCGUCGAGUGCGUUCGUGGCAACGUCUUCCGCCAGUACGAGAUUGUUGGUGACAAGGAUGGCUCUCCCGUCGCCAGACUGCUGACUACAAUUGCCAUCACCAAGAAUGGUAUCACCAAGCUUGGUGGCCCCAAUGCUCUUGACCUCAGCAAGGUGCAGUCUGACAAGAAGAUUACGGAUACCGAGAUUCUCAAGAUUCUUGAGCAGCCCCUGGCCCGCAACACGGGCAAGAAGAAGAACAAGAGCAAGAAGAAGAAGACUACCAAGAAGAGCGAUUCUGACGACGAGGAGUCUGACAGCGAGUAG